AUGAUCUUCAAUCAGGCCUGCGAGCAUUGUCAGCAGAAGGUACUAAGGGCCUUUGAUGAGCCCUCAGUACCAGAGAUGUUCCCUCAAGCCCGGCCAGAGCAGGGACUAUACAAUACUCUCACACCCGAUAUCUACUCGAACACAUUCCAGCCAUCUCCCGACGAGGUGUUUGAGAUGCUACAGAAUCUCGAGGCCGAAAUAGGAACUGAGAUUAUGAAGGGAAAUAUGCUCAAUGUAUUCCACGAUACUGCGGGUGAACAUUGCCCUAUGGCUUGUGAACCUGAUAUACUCUCGCCCCAGGCUAGAGCCCUACUCCACUACUUCCCUGAGCUAGAUCGUUCCAACACCACAGCUGGGGACCAGUGGAGAUGUGCACCUGCUUACGUGUCUGGUGAUUCCAUGGUACCUAAUUUUCCCUUCUCGCCUUCUUCUGUCCCCGUUCCCCCUGCGCCGUCUCCUUCAAAUCCGAGUGGGCCCCUCAGUGACUCUGGCAUGGAUUACUUGCCUCGGUUACCUGAUCCGUUCUUUUCGUUGAACAGUGAUUGCUUGCAAGAUGUUUCUGCUGGCAAGCACUCGCUUCCUCAUUCGAGGCCAACCCAGCAGACUAACGCGUUUACACAUUCCGUUUCUAGGAAUCGGCCUUACAGAAAGUUUCAGUUUGUUUUAGAGGAUAUUGGGGGAAAGGCACCGGUUUUUAUGCAAUAG